AUGGAUGCCGCUCUGCUCUUGAACGUGGAAGGAAUCAAGAAAACCAUUCUGCAUGGGGGCACAGGGGAGCUCCCAAACUUCAUCACCGGAUCCCGUGUGACCUUUCAUUUCCGUACCAUGAAAUGUGAUGAGGAACGGACGGUGAUAGAUGACAGCAAGCAGGUGGGCCACCCCAUGCACAUCAUCAUCGGCAACAUGUUCAAGCUGGAGGUCUGGGAGAUCCUGCUGACGUCCAUGCGGGUCAGCGAGGUGGCCGAGUUCUGGUGUGACUCCAUCCACACAGGGGUCUACCCUAUCCUGUCCCGGAGCCUGCGGCAGAUGGCAGAGGGCAAGGACCCCACGGAGUGGCACGUGCACACGUGUGGGUUGGCCAACAUGUUCGCCUACCACACGCUGGGCUACGACGACCUGGAUGAGCUGCAGAAGGAGCCACAGCCUCUGAUCUUUGUAAUAGAGCUGCUGCAGGUCGAGGCCCCCAGCCAGUACCAGAGGGAGACCUGGAACCUGAGUAACGAUGAGAAGAUGCAGGCGGUGCCUGUCCUCCACGGAGAAGGAAACAGGCUCUUCAAGCUGGGCCGUUACGAUGAGGCCUCUACCAAGUACCAGGAAGCCAUCGUCUGCCUGAGGAACCUGCAGACCAAGGAGAAGCCCUGGGAGGUACAGUGGCUGAAGCUGGAAAAGAUGAUCAACACCCUGAUCCUGAACUACUGCCAGUGUCUGCUGAAGAAGGAGGAGUACUACGAGGUGCUGGAGCACACCAGCGACAUCCUCCGGCACCACCCAGGCAUCGUGAAGGCCUACUAUGUGCGGGCCCGGGCUCAUGCCGAGGUAUGGAAUGAGGCGGAGGCCAAGGCGGACCUGGAGAAAGUGCUAGAGCUGGAGCCGUCCAUGCGGAAGGCGGUGAACAGGGAGCUGCGGCUGCUGGAGAACCGCCUGGAGGAGAAGCGAGAGGAGGAGCGGCUGCGCUGCCGGAACAUGCUGGGCUAG